AUGGGGAAUCGACAACCGAAGAGUAUUUUUACUGAUCAAGAUCAAGCAAUGGCUAAUGCGAUAGAGGUAGUGUUCACUGGAGCACGCCACAAAUUGUGUAUGUGGCACAUUUCAAAUAAUGCUAAGCAACAUCUAGCUGGACUAUUUACAAAUGCAAGUUUCAAAGCUUUAUUUGACACGUGUUUUUAUGGGUGCUAUGAUUCAAUUAAAUUUGAAAGCGAUUGGACUGAUAUGGUUGAAAUGUUUGGACUAGAGAAUCAUUCUUGUCUUAAAAGAUUGUAUGAUCUUAGGGAAAAAUGGUGUCCUGCUUUUAGUGUAGACUUUUUUUCGGCGAGGAUGAAAUCCUCCCAAAGAAGUGAGAGAACUAAUAGUGUUUUUCAUCAAAUUAUGCGAAAGCCUAUGUCUCUCCUACAAGUUAUUCAAUAUUAUGAGGAAAAGGUUGAAGAAAUGCGGCGAGAUGAAAGAAGUGAUGAUUUUCGAUGCAAAAAUGGUGCGCCAGCAAAGGUAAGUAAGCGUGGUAUUUUGAAUCAUGCAUCUAAGGUGUACACUCUUGUCAUGUUUAGUAAGUUUGAAGAGGAAUUGUUGGAUAGCUUUGGAUUGAAUUGUGUUGAAAUUAGUUGCAAUGGGACAACUUCCAUCUAUCAUGUAACAAAGGAUGGCCGUCAAAGGGUGCAUAUUGUUCAAUUUGAUCUUUCCAAUGAUGAAAUCUCUUGUAGUUGUAAGCUAAAAGAGAUACCUGAACCAUAUAUCUUAAAGAGAUGGACCAAAAGUGCAAAGUCGGGGAUAGAAGGUGAUGUUGGAGAAUCAUUGCACCAAGAAGGAAAAUCUACUCGCUCAUUGCACCUUAGUGAGUUGAAUCAUAUGGGGCAAAAUGUUUUUGAUAAGGGCUCAUUAUCUUGUAAAUGCACUGAAAUUGUUAAGGAUAAAUUAAGGGAGGCAUUGAAGAUGGUUGAAGAGGAGAUAGCAAAUUUAGAUAGUGUAGAUGAUCUUAAUUGUGUUGAAGAAGAUAUCACCACUUGUGUUGAAGAAAUGCCUAGCCCUACUGAUGAUAGGCAUGUGCUUGAUCCUUUACGCAUUCGGACGAAAGGAAGCACCAAUGCUAGAAUUAAAAGUUAUUGGGAAAAGAAGAAGAGGAAGACACGUAGACUUUCAGAAAAGCCUCGAAUGCCACAUCCAAAUCACAUGGUGACCGGUGAGUUUCCUCUCUUGUUAGAUAUAUUCCUCUCUUGUUAG